ACCACGAGAUCAACCGUAAUAAGGCUACGCACACUGCCAGCCAUGUCCUACCUCUAAAACAAAAAAAUACCGUUGUUAGCAUUUUGAGGCAUACAGAAAGAGUAGUUUGCUCCUCUUUUCUAUGUACUGACUUUUUUUCUGAGACUAAAAACCAUCGCUUUUGUUUUGUUUUUUAACAACAAGGAGAGAACAUGUCUUCCCCUGCGCAGAAGAGAAGAUGUGGCGUUGAGCUGCUGAGCGCGCUGCUGCUGCUGCUCUCGCUCUCCGGUUGUUUAAGCAUGGAUGGGCUCGGGAACACUAGCAUCAAUGCACUGAAUGGAACAACUGUCAAAAUUCAAUGCACAUUCAACUCCUGUUAUAAGAUAGAUGUUACCAGGUUUUCCGUGAACUGGACCUAUCAACAACCACACAAUGAGACAGAGGAGAAGUUAAUGAAUUUCGACCAAAAAAAAGGAAUGGUGCCGCUGCACCCAGCAAAGUUUGCAAAUAGGGUCAUGUUUAUUGGGAACCUGGAAAAGAAUGAUCUGUCAAUCACCCUAUCAGAUGUUAACCUGGAAGAUGUGGGGAUAUACAACUGUUACGUGAAAAACCCCCCAGAUCGCACCCUGGGACAUGGUCGCAUAACGCUCAAUGUUGUCACUAAACUUCCACCUCCAAGGGAUUCAACAAUUGCAGUUGCAAUUGGGGCAUCAGUGGGCGGAGCAUUAGCUCUGAUAAUCCUUUCUAUGGUAGUAGUGAAAUGUCUUCGUCGACACCAAAAACAGGAACUGAUUUCAGAGGAGAAGAUGGAAGAGGAGGGAAAACUGGAGGCCGAAGGUGUGGCAGAGGAGGAAACCAAACAACCAUAACAGGGUCAGUUGACUGAACCAGUGGCCUGUGGAUCUGUCACCCCCAACACCUCCUCUGACAUGUACAUCCAUCUUCUGAAGAUCUAUAGUAACCAAUCAUUGUACUCUGAUACUUAUUUUGCAUGUGUUUGGAUGUGUGCCAGUGCACAAAAGUGUGCUUCCUUCUGUGUAUUCUGAGUGUGAAUUUUUGUGACUGUGUGAGAUAUCAUCUUCUUCCUUGAAAUAAGUCAGGGAACACAUUUCUGCAACCACUAAACACUUAUUACUUUAUCCACAGCUACAGUAUAUGAAUACAGCAUUCAAGGUUUCAUAAUAAGCAAUGGCAUUUUUACAGCACACAAUACAACAAAACAGGGCUGGGCGGUAUGACCUAAAAUCCCAUGGAUUAUUUUUAAUAUGGAUCAGUAAUAAUAUCACAGCAUCAGUUAUCUAAUUUAUCUAAUCUGUCAUAAUAGAAUGUGAUUUCAAAUUCAGUCCAGGGCUUGUGGUGUGUAUCUGUAUGCUCCACUGUCUCACGACAGCUACAGCCCAAUUUGAAAAUUUCUUUUUGGGUGAAAUGUUUAUGGUUUAUUAUAGUGUGAACCCAUUGCUUUAAAGCCAUGUUUUUCAGCUGUGUAUAUGGGCACCAUGUGGUAGUUGCAGCGUUAGCACACAAAUGCCCUGCCACAGCUAGUUUUUGCCAAAUGAUGUCUACUUGUGUCUGAGAUGGAAAGUAUUCUCAACCAUUUCAUAACGUGUUGAGGUUUUCCUAGUGAAAAUGCACUGCUCAAAAUAAAUCAAGGGAACACUAGAUCACACAUCAGAUCUUUAUUAAUGAAUUAAGUUGAACCCCUUUUCUAAUGUGCAUUGUAUAAUCUGUUCAGAACAAAAUGACUUAACAGUCAAUGGAAACCAAAUUCAACAACCCAUCGAGGGCUGUACUCAAAAUUACACUGAAAAUCAAAGUGAAAAAUUGAAAUCACAGGCUCAUCCAAGUUAGGGGAAUUUCAUCAUUGCAGCUCACAAUAUGACUCUGAAGUGUGUGUAACCCUUUUGCCACCCGGCUCGUUGUAGCAAGGAAGUGACUAGUUAGUAUAUACCCCUUCAAGCUCAAAUAACACCAAUUGGCAAAGGGACAUUCCAAUGUAUAACAACUUUGUCUAGGGUUCAGUAUGGUUCUCACCCUUAAAACACCAAUUAGAGAGACCCCAGAAAUGACAUUAAAUUAAAUAACCAGAAUAUGUACAUCCGGUACCUGUAAUUUACGGAUAAUUUUUCCAGAGACUGUUUCACAGUAUAUAAAUGAAAAACACACACCGAAUGCAGUUUAACUUUGUGUAUUAACUAAAAAACACAAAACACAGGUCACAGUUUUAUGCAACAAAUAAUAUUUCAACCCCACAGUCUACCUGGGUGCACCCUUAGAGUAGGAGAAGCACAGGUGCUGCUAUUCACAUUAACAGUGGCUCAUUCGGGUCCCAAUCUUACUGAGGAGCCAGACAGAGACAAUGUAAUAGUGAGCAGGCAUGCACAACACCGUGACCCUAAACCUGAAGCAGCUAAAUGGAAUUUAGCUAUCAUUUUAUUAUUCAUCCCUCUGCUUGUUCUGCUGUGACAUGUUAAAAUGUAUUCUGUGAAAAAGGCAGGUGAAAUAAUCGCUAUGUUUUGGAUUGGUCUAUUUUCUGUAUUUAUUUUUUCACCCACUGUUAGAAUGAAAAGAAUUUAGUCUAAAAAGGAAGUCAUAUGCCCAUGUUUUUACAAGACUUAAAUGAACAACUCAUGCAGUGAGUUAUGGUAAUGCUUUAAAAGCACUUUAUGUGAUUUUAUUUUUAAAAUGUGUUCUGUAUUAAUACAUAUAGCAUAUGCAGACCUUUAUACUUCUACUAUUUGGCAUUGCAGGUCACACUGUCCACCCCUAUGAUGGGAAAUUGUCCAUCCAGCCUGAUCUUGUAUAAUGGAAUGAUACAGUAUGUUAGUGUGCCUGAAUUGAGAGGUUGCUAGGGCAAGUACGGAUUGCAGUUCUAUCUUGUAGGAUUGUAAGCUUAUACAAUACUUUAAUUAUUUGUAGCUGCAGUGCGAUGUACAAUGGUUUGCCUAUACUGCAUAGGAAUGUGACAGUGUUGAGCCUUCCUCUCAGAAUUCUUCCAACAAUACAAAUAAAGCUAGCACUCGAUGAAGAGUAUGUGACUGGCUGAGAUAAAAUGAAGUCUAUUCUUGUUGACCACAUAAAGCCACAUUUAGACUUUUACAUCACUGCAUGUAUGGGAACAUGUGUGUCUGUCUUUCAGAGACAGUUGCAUUUAGAUUUGUGCGAAUGCUAACAUUCUAUCUAGGAGGCACUCAAAAAGCAAAGUAGUGUUGUAGUACUUGACAUCAGUCUUGGUUUUGAGAAGAGUCUCGAGACCACUUUUUGAAGAUCUUGGUCUCAUCUCGGAAUCGACCACGGCUCUGUCUGGGUCUUGGACAAUGAGAACUCGGAUUUUAUUUCAAGACCAGGAAAGACCACCAUUGUAGGAAAAGUGCCUGUGCAUUGUCUGUCUUAUUUACCAUUAGCAAGGUUUUCCCUACCAUAUAAACACUUAGAUGCAACGAGUGCUUUAAGCCGAAUGAACAUAAAAAAGGGUGACACAUCAGAACGAUGCAAAGACAAUGGUGAGAGUUUUAUGCUGACAGAGGUGGCUUAGUCUCAAACAGAUAUGUAGGUUGGCAACAGAAAUGACCUGCAAUCCACAAUCAUUGUUUGAAGUGUUUGUGUGACUGAUUGUGAAGCUAAUCAAACAACUGAUUGGAUAUUCCUCUGUAUUGUCGGGAGGGUAGUUACACCCAGAUUAGAUGAGCAUCUUAAUAAGGACAGCAGAAAAAAUAAAACAAAUAUGGCCUAGUUUACAGCUAAAGGAACUUGCUAACCUAGCUAGCAAAGAAGGUAGGCCCACUGAAUUAAACUGGUUAGCUUGGGAAGCUGGACUAUGGUAAAGUCUGAAUGAUAUUCACAGAUGCUAAGUUCCUGGAUCAAUAAGUCGUAGCAGAAUGUUGUUAAAACACAAAUGAUGCCUCCUUCCAACUGUAGUAAGGUUGAAAACAAGCUUCAACUUAAUUUUCAUCAAAACAAGCCAUCGUCCAACUUUAACCCACAUAUACAUGUACACACUCACCAGACAGGUAACUCUAGUUUCUGUGCAGCUGGUGAGGUGAGUGCAUAGGGAUCAUCUACAAAGUGCUGCACCAAAAAGAGAGAGCCUACUACAAAAAAUAUUAACCUAAAUUACUCUUAUAUAGCAAAGCAGGCCUACAAUCAAAUUCAGUUCAGCCAUCAGGGGCCUCCUGUUGGUUAUAGUAAAGUUUUUGCAUAAUUUUGGGGAAUUUCUAUUGGGGAAAAAUAUUCAAUAACUUCACUUUUACAGUUCAGAGUCACCACAGUCACUUCAAACAUCAAGGGUUUCUUGUAGGUUAUACUACUGAUAACACUAUAAAACUGAUUUUGGAAAGCAACAAAAAUACCUUUUUCAUAAUUUUGGGGAAUUUUAUAGGGAAAAAUAUUCAAUAACUUGACUCCUAUAUCACGUUAUUAGUGAAACACAGGUGAGCCAGUACUAUCAAACUCAGUUGAACUGCACUGGUCUGGUCUUGCCUUGCCUUGGUUUCAACCCCUAAAGUGUUGGUCUUGUCUUGGUCUCAAUAUACUCUGGUCUCGGUCUCGAUGGUCUUGACUACAACACUACAGCAAAGUACACAAAAGUAGUAGUAGUAGUAGUAGUAGUCAGGAAAUGGAAACAGUAGAGAUUUUGAACUAGGCUCAAAGCUGUUUCAUGCUAGAGCUGGUAUUAUGUCACUUUAUUAAAUGUUGCAAUUUUUUGAGUGGCAAAGUAACCAUUUAGAUUGAGAAUAGGUGGUUAGUACAGCCAGGUAAUGCCAGUUUUCUCUGACGUUUUCAGACAUGUGAGUACCUGUCAGCGGACCAAUUAGCAGGCAGCUUCAUCUCUGUCAGAGUAGAGUUGGAUCAACCAAUCGGUCUGCAAUACACGCAGCUUCACACAACACACAAUUGAGAUUUGGGAGGUGUGUGCAUUGAACCGUCUGCAACCAUCAGCAACCUACGUUUACCUGUAAACCCCUUCGCUGCGUAGGUACACAGAUGCCUCCGCAUAGUUGCGGACAAGUCGCUUAAGUCACUGAUGUAGUAUGAAAGAAGACUCAAUGUGCACCCCCAAUCACAUAAGUCAUGCUUUUCACAACCCUUGUUAACAUUUAUAAUAGAGUUUACCUAAACAGACACCUACACACAGACAACAGUUAUCAUACCAUACCAUUUCACACACAGAUUGAGUCCCAAUAAAGAUGUUAAAUUAGGAAACAAUACCAAAUGAUCUAAAUGAAAAAAAUACAAUUAGGUUUAGACUGACAGAAAAGUUUACUCACUAAACUUUGGUUUGGUUAGUGUAUAACUACCAAACGCAGUUAUCCACCACAACAGGUAGAAUUUUUUAUUUUGGCCAAUGAAGCAAGCUGCAGCGCAUAAUAAAAUCUUUAUUCUGUUAGUCAAGCAUGUUUAAGCUUUCACUCUUUCAUGCUAUGUACCAUUCAUGUUUUACUAUUAUGAAUAAUAUAUCAUCAUAUCAUGGAAAAAAGCUUCCAUAUUUUUACUCUAAUUCCAAUUCCACAUCCAGCAGGAACCAUUUUAUAAAACAGACAUGUUUUAAUGUGUAUUUUAAAGCAGACUAACAGAAUAAUUUUAAAACUUCUAUCCUAGCUCUGUCUCCAAAGUAAAGUCUUUACCUCAGAAGUGGUGUUUAAAGCUGUAUAUACCGUUUUGCAAAUAAAUACACUGUCACAUAAUAUUAUCAUAGUCGUUUGCAUGUGAAAAUAAAUGAAGUAACAUAUCUAACUUUAGCAAGAUGGUACACUGGGAUAUGUGGUGGUGGUAACAGAAACAUGGCAUGGGUAUUGUAUGGCUAAAUGAGAAAUGUAUCAGUAAUGCAUUUAUUUGGUUGAUGCACCUUGAAUGUAAAAAAAAAAAAAAAAGAAACAUAUAGAUACUUGAUCACUGUUUUGUGUCCAUUUUACAUGUUACAGCAUGGAAGUUUUGUUAAUCUCUAAAUGUCCUAUGAUGUUUAAACUAUGUUGUGAUAACAGGCCGGUUGUGUCAAAAAUGGUGACGUCUCUAUGAUACCUGUGAUGUCUCAAGCUGGUUACCUGUGUGAUCCAGCUCUUGGAGUGUGGUUAAAAAAAAGCCUGUGUAUAGGUUUGUGUUUAGACCCAUUACUCAAUUAGAUAUUUUUUUAAAUGUUUUUUGUUUAAAAAAAUCUAUAAUUUAUGUUUUCAAACAUCAUAGGUGGAGUAUUGUGCAGUUUCCUAAAAUAUCAAAAACACAUCUUUGUCAUUUUAAUAAAAUAAUAUUCACAAUUAUGUGUUCACCUGUGAUGAUCAAUAAAGCUAAAAUAACUUCACAAUCAUACUAUAAAAUACAAUAAUGAAGUGGUGAUUUAUUGUUGUAUUCAAAUAUUUGACAAAAUCCUUAGAAAUGCAAAUCUGUUGUUUGUUUAGGGAAGUCUAAUUUUGUCAUAUUUCCUAGGACACUGCUGUCUGUGUGUAAUCAUGCAUGUUUAAGUUUGUAUGGUUUGUGUGGUUGGAAUUUACAGGUUAACAUUUGGGGCAAAUUUAAGGCAGUUUUUGCAAGAAAAGUUUCAGUGGUAAUAUGAAGUAUAUAUUUUAUAUACUGCAUUUCUCAAUCAGAAACAAAAAUGAUAAUUCAAGUACUGGCCAUAUAUCAUUGUGCAUCACUGUUUCCCACUAUGAAUUUGCCCUAAAUGGUUGCUCUUGUAUUACUUUAAACAUUAGUGGACACCAAACUAACGCUUGCACUGUGCUGCCUCUGAACAAGCAGCUGUCAUUAUAUUAUGUAUUUUAAAUAAAGAUGAUUUAGGAAAAUA